AUGUAUGUGAUUGCUCGCCUUGUUUUCACUGCGUCUCUUAGUUUGCCCUGUCCGGCUCAGGGAUGGAACUGGUCUCAAGAAGGCCGUGGACACGGAGGUGACGAUGCAACUGACACGGUCUGCGAUGAUCACCAGUCACGUAGAAAUGAAUGUACAUCUAUCUAUCUAUCCAUCUAUCUAUCUAUCUAUCUAUCUAUCUAUCUAUCUAUCUAUCAGUUUAUUCCUAUCUCUCUCUCUCAUUCGGUUCAUAUCUAUCUAUCUAUCUAUCUAUCUAUCUAUCUAUCUAAGUUUAUUCCUUCCUUCCUAUCUAUCUAUCUAUCUAUCUAUCUAUCUAUCUAUCUAUCUCAUUCUGUUCAUAUCUAUCCCACUAUCUAUCUAUCUCAUUCGGUUCAUAUCUAUCUAUCUAUCUAUCUAUCUAUCUAUCUAUAUCCCAUUCGGUUCAUAUCUAUCUAUCUCAGUUUAUUCCUAUCUAUCUAUCUAUCUAUCUAUCUAUCUAUCUAUCUAUCUAUCCCAUUCGGUUCAUAUCUAUCUAUCUAUCUAUCUAUCUAUCUAUCUAUCUCAGUUUAUUCAUAUCUAUCUAUCUAUCUAUCUAUCUAUCUAUCUAUCUAUCUAUCUAUCUAUCUAUCUCAUUCUGUUCAUAUCUAUCCCACUAUCUAUCUAUCUCAUUCGGUUCAUAUCUAUCUAUCUAUCUAUCUAUCUAUCUAUCUAUCUAUCUAUCUAAUAUAUAUCUAUCUAUCUCAUUUUAUUCUUUCCUAUCUAUCUAUCUCAUUCGGUUCAUUAUCUAACUAUCUGAAAUAG